CGGCAUUUGCGCUAGUAAUUCAAUUGUGCUCUCACAUUACUAAAUAGUAAAUAAUAGUAGUGGUGCACUGAUCUUUCUGAUACGCGCAUUUCAUAGCCACGGCCCCUAUUUUUAGUUCACGUUCAUUAUCAACUGCGGGUUGCUGUUAAGUUGAUGUCCACGGUCAAUUUUCCCUGCCAUGGUCAAGUGUGCGCGUAAUCGUGAAUAGGAAUCAGUAUGGAUCUAAUUUUGAAACUGUGUGCUGUUAUAGCACUCAUCAUACUGUUCGAACCUAAAGCUUUUGCAGCGCCUGGUCAAGAGCUGGCUGAGUCCUUGGCACCCAACAUCUCUCCCGACGUACAAGAACAAGCGGUUAGAGAGCUAAUUCAGCGGGUGGUGGGUCCAAAUGCCGCUAAACUUUUCGUCGUGGAGGUAAACAAACUAUUGGAAUUUCGCAGCUAUCAGAUCAGUCAGUUGGAUGAUGGAAAAGUACUCAUUGCUGGCUGGGAUGGAGUAUCAGUGGCCAAAGGCUUUCAUUAUUAUCUGAAAUAUGUGCUGAAUAAGGAUCUGGAUUGGUUCAAGACGCACAUUGAACUGCCACCAAAUGUGCAACUGCCAAAUGUCACAUAUAGUUCCCAAUCGGCUAGUUCUAUUAUUUACUAUCAGAACGUGUGCACCUGGAGCUACAGCUUUGUGUGGUGGAACUUUGGGCAAUGGCGUCGUCAUAUCGACUGGAUGGCCCUAAUGGGCAUAAGCCUGACGAUUGCGCCAAUUCAGGAGGCCAUUUGGCAGGAUGUUUAUAAACAGCUGGGACUAGAGGAUGAAGAGAUCGAUGCCCACUUGGCCGGGCCUGCUUUUCAAGCAUGGCAACGCAUGGGAAACAUUCGUGGCUGGGCUGGUCCACUGCCUCCAAACUAUCGGCGCCUGCAGGUUUUGCUUCAACAGCAAAUUCUGCAGGCUCAGCGAUCCCUGGGCAUGAGUGUGGCUCUGCCUGCCUUUGCUGGACAUGUGCCAGUGGCCAUGAGGCGCGUUUAUCCGAAUGCCAGCUACACGGAAGUCGAGCGCUGGAACAAAUUUCCCGACCCAUAUUGCUGUGGCUUGUUUGUGGAACCACAGGAUCCGCUCUUUAAACAGGUGGCCACACAUUUCCUGCAUCGUGUGAUUCAGCGAUAUGGCUCCAAUCACAUAUACUUCUGCGAUCCGUUCAACGAACUGCAGCCGCGUGUCGCUGACGCCGACUAUAUGCGUGCAACUGCUGCCCAAGUCUAUGGCUCUAUGAGUGCUGUGGAUCCGGAUGCUGUGUGGCUGCUUCAGGGCUGGAUGUUUGUGAAGAAUAUCUUUUGGACGGACGCAUUAAUAGAGGCCUUCCUUACAGCUGUGCCGCGCGGUCACUUGCUGGUGCUGGAUCUGCAAAGCGAACAAUUUCCACAGUACCAGCGCACAUUCUCCUAUUAUGGGCAGCCUUUUGUGUGGUGCAUGCUGCACAACUUUGGCGGCACACUGGGCAUGUUCGGAUCGGUGGAGCUGGUCAACAAAGGCAUCACAUCGGCUCGCCAAAUGCCCAAUAGCAGCAUGGUGGGCGUAGGUAUCACUCCCGAGGGCAUUGGCCAAAACUAUGUGCUCUACUCGCUGGCCAUGGAGUGUGGUUGGAGCCUGUCGAGGCUGUCCCUUGAUCAGUGGUUCGAUCAUUAUGCGCUGGUGCGCUAUGGUGUGAAUAAUUCUAAUCUCGCUCAAGUUUGGCAGCUGCUGAGGGGCAGUGUCUAUGCCUUCAAGGGUCUUAAGAAGAUGCGCGGCAAGUACACGAUCACACGACGGCCGGCGCUCAAUUUACAGCCUUGGAGCUGGUACAAUGGCUCUAGUGUUGUGCAGGCCUGGCAGCUGUUGCUGGAAGCACAUGAUACUAUACCAAUGGAGGACGACAAGUACGAGAUCUACCUGCACGAUCUUAUAGAUGUCACGCGUCAGUUUCUGCAGCAGAGUGCCGAUAAAUUGUACGUCAACCUUAAGUCCGCGUACCGGAAAGGUCAAUUAGAUCGUUUCGAAUAUAUCGCUGGUCAAAUGUUGGAGCUGCUGGACGAUUUGGAGCGUGUAUUGGCCAGCGGGAGGCAUUUUCUGUUAGGCACAUGGCUGGAGGCUGCCAAGCGCAUGGCUACUUCUGCUAAGGAGCAGCCACUUUACGAAUUCAAUGCGCGCAAUCAAUUGACAGCUUGGGGUCCUACGGGUCAGAUACUCGACUAUGCAAACAAACAGUGGUCAGGCCUGGUCCGAGAUUAUUAUAAGCCUCGCUGGGCCAUGUUUCUGGACGCUGCGACUCUGGCGCUGAAGUCCCACCAGGAGUUCAAUAGCAGCGCCUUCAAAGAACGCGUGGCUAACGAGGUGGAAUUGCCAUUUAGCAACAAGACUGAUGUCUACUCUGUAAAGCCGGAAGGUAAUCCGUGGCUCAUUUCACUGGAGAUAUAUGAAAAAUGGAUACGGCAUGCGCAGAAUUCACAAUUUCUGCACUAUAAUCGCUUGUUUGUGAAGAUUUUGGAUUAGUUUAUUAUAUAAAGAACGAUUAAUACAAGUUUAGUUUAGUUUAUUUGUUCAAUUUUAAAAAAAUACAAAAUUUUGAAAUAGGAUUUAGUAAAACACAA